AUGUUUUCAUUAAACGUCUGCAACGCGGAGGGCCAUAACAAAACGAUCAGGAAUACCAAGCACUGUAAAGGUAAGGUGGACGUCAUCUUUGUCUUGGAUUCCUCGAGCAGUGUCCGGGCGGACGGCUGGACAAAGGAGCUGGAGUUUGUCUCGGACGUCGUCAAGCACUUCACCGUGGGCCCAGAUCACGUGCAGGUGGGGGCCGUGGCCUUCAGCUACCUGGGCGAGUUACUCUUCAACCUCAAAGAUCACAAAAGCGUCGCGGGCAUCGAGAAGGCGCUGAAAAGUGCCAGGUUUAUCGACUCUCAGUCCAACAUAGACAAGGCCCUGAACGUCAUCAACUCCAAGAAGAUGUUCAGCAAAGAGCACGGUGGUAGACCGGGCGUCCCGAAAAUCGUCUUCAUCAUUAGUGACGGGCCGUCGACGGAUCUCCCCAAAAGUGAGUUCAAGGUCAUGAGAGGUUGUGACCUUCAUGUUGUGGGUGGGUCACUCAAGGUUGUUAGAUUUUAG